AUGGGAUGCGACGCUGGUCUUCAGGAGCUCUUGGAUCGAGAGCGCCAGCCGGUGCCCACGCAGGGGCCGGAGGCCGUUUCGUCUUCCAGCGAGGAGCGUCAGGAGGUUCCGCUCGUUCCUCGCGCAGAGCGUCCGCGCGCCCGCCCGGCGGAUGUGCCGCCACCGCCUGAUGUAGAAGCAGCCAGGAGUUCCUCCGGGCGCGUGAUCAAAGCGCGGAAGACCUUCGCCGAAGAGUUUCAGGAGGCACCCCUGGUGUUGAACAGGAAGCCGAAGGUGACCCUGAAACACUUCAGCAAGUGCUUCGUGUGCAACGAGGGCUGCGAGGUGCCCAAGCGUCGCUCGAAGCAGAAGCUCGUGGAGGACCGGGGGCCGGGGGGCGGCUAA